UUGGGUUAUAUAGAAAAGGGAAAAAAAAUUAGAAACAAGAAAGGAUCAAGGCCAGGUGGCCACGAUGAUGGGAGGAAGAAGAAGGAAAAGGAAAAGGAGAAGCUGCUUAAAAUUUCCAGCACGUGGUUACUUGACUGCACACCAUCAUCACACGCCCGGAUGGCCAAUAAACGCAAAAAUGAGUCGUCUACCGACCAACCAAAACCAAAAAGAAGACGCCUCUCGGCCCCGAGACCGUUCCCAAUCGUCCCAGCGUCCGUCUCAGCGACAGGCCCGCGCUCAGCGCACAAAGAAGGCAAGAACCUCAUCUGCGUGACGCGCAAGAUGGCGUUGGGAGCGUAUAUGCGGCGGUGCAAGGAUCUCGCUCUGAGAGAUGGAUACAAAACCCUCCAUCUAAGCGCGAUGGGCGCUGCGAUCCCGCAUCUCGUCAAGCUGGCGCUGGCGCUGCCCCCGAUACUGCCGUUUGAAGUCCGGACGGAGUAUACGACUGGGACGGUGGAGGUGCAUGAUGAGGUUGAUGGGGGUGAGGAUGGGGAUGUUGCGUAUGAGACGAGGGGCAAGUCGACGUUGAUGGUUGUGAUGUCGUUUGAACCCGCAAAGGUAAAGGGGGGUGAUGGUAAUGUGGUGGUUGCAGAACCGGAGCAGGAGCAGGAGGAUGUUGGGGAGGCUGUAUGACUUGUGACGGCCCGGGGGGUUGCUAACCGAUUCUGCAGAUGUGUACCAUCAUUAGAUUCGAUACCUGAAUGGGGACGCAAGUGAAGGGAACACACCGAUUUCGGGACCUCGGGUUA